AUGGAUAACAAAUCUGCGUACCCAAUGGAGAAGACCUCCCCGUCGUCCUCCACUGUCGAACCAGUCGGCACAGGACAGGUCGGAAAGCUUCGGAGUCGCAUGCCAGGUUUCAGUCUCGCAGUAAAACAGGAAGAGAGCUCCUUCGCCCGGACUCCAAAUGCGUCCAAUGCGGAUUUCGAUCCCAUUCCGCCGUCAAAGCGAACAUGGAACUGGGGUGCUUAUGUCGCGUACUGGAUGGCCGAUGCUUGGGCUGUGUCCAAUUGGGAGGUUGCCUCGUCCAUGAUCGCGGUUGGCUUGAGCUGGAAGAUGGCUAUCGGUGCCUGUGUCCUGGGCAAUACGCUCAUGGGCUUGGUCAUCACGACGAAUGGCAGAAUAGGUGCUACUCUGCAUACGCCAUUCCCGGUUCUCGCACGUAUGCCGUUUGGCUACUACUUCAGCUAUUUCGUUGUCUUGUCCCGCUGUGUCCUCGCCAUCGUCUGGCUCGGUGUCCAAACGACCACUGGAGGACAAUGCAUGGAAGUUCUGCUCACAGCUAUUUGGCCUAGCUUCGCCAACAUCCCUAAUACCAUCCCACUGAGCGAGGGUAUCACGACUGGUGGCAUGUGUGCCUUCGUUCUCUACUUCCUGUUGCAACUACCUUUCUUGUGCAUCCCCUACACGAAGGUCCAAUACUUUUUCGCAUGUAAAAGUGUGAUCGCUCCGAUCGUCUUCAUCGCUAUCUUUGGCAGCACAUUGCACAAGGCAGGCGGCACUAUCAGCAACAGCAGCGUGAUCACGGGUAUCGGCGAACCCAAAAUCAACGGCUCCCUGCUCGUCUGGGCCUUCUUCAGCAACUUGAACGGAGUACUAGGGAAUUACGCCACUCUCGGCCUGAACAUUGCCGAUUUCUCCCGCUAUGCCAACAAACCUAGUGCGCAGAACGUUCAGGCCAUCGUUAUCCCGAUCGUCUUCACCAUCGUCGGCCUCCUCGGCAUCUUCACUGCCGCAGCCGCAGAGCCGGCCUACGGUAAAGUGAUGUGGAAUCCGAUUGACAUCGUCAAGCUGUGGAUGGAGUCCGGCUCGCAUGCCAGUCGUGCUGCGGCGGCUUUCGCUGCCAUCGGUCUUCUCAUUGUCACCCUUGGUAUCAACAUCUCCGCCAACUCGAUCAGUGCUGCCAACGAUCUUAUGGCUUUCUGCCCGAAGUACAUCAACAUCAGACGAGGUCAGCUACUUGCUGCUGUUAUUGGUAGCUGGGCGUUCGUGCCAUGGAAAAUCCUGGCUUCCGCAGCGAAGUUCCUUGCUUUCCUGGGAGGAUAUACGAUAUUCUUAGGCCCGAUGACGAGUAUCCUCAUGACCGACUACUUCAUUGUCCGCAAGACCAAGGUCUCCGUACCAGACAUGUACGACUUUCAUGGUAUUUAUCGCUACUCUCCCAAAUUCGGGACGAAUUGGAGAGCCGUGGUGGCCUUCUUCAUUGGCUGCACACCAGCUCUUCCCGGAUUUGUGGACAACAUCCAGCAAGCAGGUGGUCAGAAGACUAGUGUCACGAUUGGUGGCCAGCAUCUCUUCGCGAUCGGCUACAUUUAUUCCUUCUUUGCGGCCGGCAUCUUCUACUGGCUCUUCAACCGCUUCUUCCCGCAUCACGAAUCGAUGUUGGAUCAUGCCGAGACGGGCGAGGAUGUCAUUGCUGCGAACGAUGCUAAAAACGCCCAGGAGCGACGUGCGAGCUGGUCUGAGGGCCACAAGCCUAGUGUUGUGUCGCGAGCAUUCCAGGUGUAG